CUCCGAGUCUCCGAACUCCAGCUUUCUUUUUUUCUCCUCGCUGCUCCGGAUUACCGGCGUGCCCCACCAUGUCAGACGCGGCUGUGGAUACCAGCUCCGAGAUCACCACCAAGGACUUGAAGGAGAAGAAGGAAGUUGUGGAGGAGGCAGAGAAUGGAAGAGACGCCCCUGCCAACGGGAAUGCUAAUGAGGAAAAUGGGGAGCAGGAGGUUGACAAUGAGGUAGAUGAAGAAGAAGAAGGUGGGGAGGAAGAGGAGGAGGAGGAAGAAGGUGAUGGUGAGGAGGAGGAUGGAGAUGAAGAUGAGGAGGCAGAGGGAUCUACAGAAAUGAUGGGACAGGGAGUGAACUAA